AUGGGAUAAGAAAAUUCGAAUGCAAAACUAAGCUAAAAUAUUAUUGUUUUUGGAGUCAACUUGCUACUUGAUGAGAAGCUUAUGGGUUCUGAAUGGUAAAAGGAUUAAAUAAAUUCGUGUCAAGAUUUUACAUUGUACAAAAACAGUAGUGAGAAACCUAAUCAAUUAUUAUGGUGUCCAAAAUACUCUUAAGUACUACAGCAAACAGUUGAAUCUAUAAUUUUAAAUAUAGAAUUUGAGGGAGUGUUAUAUGUUUUCGAGCACACUCAAGAUCAAUUUUAAUUGAACGAACACAGAAAGUUGAUAAAAUGGUUAAUGAGCGAGGAUUCUAUGAGAUAAUGUUCACUAGUCCUGUUGUGUGUAUCUAAAUCAAAUGAUCUGGCAAUUAAUAUAAAAUCAUAAAUGGAAAUAGAAUUAGAUUUGGAAUCUAUGGAUUCUAAACAAGCAAGAAAUUUGAUAAUAAAAUAAAAAGAAAAGGAAAUUAAUCUGUAAUUUAAAAAGAUUAUAACACAAUUGAUUAAAAUGAAAAAUGAUUCAUGA